AUGCCACGUGAUCCAAACACCUUAUCAAAUUACAAUCAUUGGAGAACGAAGCAUACAAUCGCCGAUUUAGCUAUUGAUUUCCAGAAACAGCGAGUUUAUGGAACAGUCACCCUGCAGCUUGAAUCCAUUACAGACAAGGAAUCCGAGGAGAUUAUCCUUGAUACUAGUUUCGUUGAUGUUCAAAACGUAACAGUUGACGGCAAUAAGACCGGACAAUGGUCCCUCAAGGAACGCACUGAACCCUACGGUAGUCCUCUUUCUGUGAAGAUUCCGGGUGGAGCUGCGAAGGGUACUAUCGUGGCACUCGACAUCACGCUAUCAACUACAAACAAAUGCACAGCUCUCCAAUGGCUCACCCCCGCUCAGACCUCGAACAAAAAGUUUCCAUACAUGUUCUCUCAAUGCCAAGCCAUUCAUAACCGCUCCAUCUUCCCUUGUCAAGAUACUCCUGAUGUGAAGAGCACAUACGAUUUCCGAAUUCGUUCUCCUCUUCCCGUCCUUGCAAGUGGCUUGCCUAGAGGGGCAACUUCCUUUGUGCAUGGCGAAAAUGGUGAAUCUGGAACCCUCCUCUACUCCUUCUACCAGGAGAUCCCUAUGCCAUCUUAUCUCUUUGCUCUUGCAUCAGGUGAUAUAGCCACUGCAUCUAUCGGAUCACGUUCUCUUGUUUCUACCGGUCCAGAAGAACUUUUAGGGGCUAAAUGGGAACUUGAGAGAGACACUGAGAAAUUUAUUGAGACGAUUGAGAAAAUCGUCUACCCGUAUGAGUGGACUCAAUACAAUGUUUUGGUCUUACCACCAAGUUUUCCUUAUGGUGGCAUGGAGAAUCCGGUGUUUACUUUCGCUACUCCCACAAUCAUUAGUGGAGAUCGAGAGAAUGUUGAUGUGAUUGCUCAUGAAUUGGCUCACAGCUGGAGUGGUAAUUUGGUAUCUAAUGCUAGUUGGGAGCACUUCUGGUUGAACGAGGGCUGGACGGUCUAUCUGGAGAGACGAAUUAUAGCUGCGAUUCAUGGAGACGCAUAUAGAGAUUUCUCUUCGAUUAUUGGAUGGAAAGCUCUUGAGGACUCUGUGAAGCAGUUUGGUGAAGAUCAUGAAUUCACCAAAUUAAUUGUUGAUCUCAAGGGCAAGGACCCUGAUGAUGCUUUCAGCAGUGUUCCUUAUGAGAAGGGUUUCCACUUCCUCUACUAUCUCGAAAGACUCGUUGGUAAACCAACCUGGGACAAAUUUAUUCCGCAUUACUUUACCACUUGGAAGAGAAAGUCCCUUGAUUCUUAUGAGUUCAAGGCUACACUUCUUGAUUUCUUCGCGUCCGACAAGGCUGCUUCUAAAGCUCUGGAGUCAAUCGAUUGGGAUUCUUGGUUCUACAAGCCAGGUCUUCCACCCAAGCCAGAAUUUGACACAAGUUUGGUCGACAAAUGUUAUUCUCUAGCAAAGAACUGGGGUUCAAAGGAUUUCACCCCCUCCCCAUCCGACAUCGAAGGUUGGUCCGCAAACCAAGUAGUCGUCUUCCUUCAACAAAUUCAACUCUUCACCACUCCUCUCACCCCAGCCCAAAGUCAAUCUAUGGGUAAAACCUACUCACUCGUCAACACCAAAAAUGUCGAACUCAGCUCCCGCUAUUUCGGCGUCGGCUUGGCUGCAAAGGAUGAAUCCGUCUAUCAGCCUACUGCCGAGUUGUUGGGUACAGUAGGUAGAAUGAAAUUUGUGAGAACACUCUAUAGGGAAUUAGUGGUGGUUGACAGGAAGUUGGCGGAGGAAACGUUUGAGAAAAAUAAGGAUUUCUAUCACCCGAUCUGUAGGGAGCAGGUAGAGAAGGAUUUGAAGGAGUAG